AUGCGUCUGCUGCCGACGCUCCUCGCAACCGCCGCGGCCGCCAUCGUCCCGGCAACCUCUGCGAUGCCAUGGCAGCCCUUGGAGCCGACACUGCCCUCCCCUCCGCUCCCAUUCUCCACACGCGAGUCACUCGACCUCAACGACCCCUCCAUAACCGUCUCGGACCUGCUCACGUACAACGCGUCCUUCUCGGAACCCCAAGUCUAUUCCGCGUUCGACCUGGACUCUUCCCCUGGCACCGGCGACCCAUCCCUCCCUGGUUGGCUCGAUCCCCGAACUCAUGGCGGUUCGAUGCUCGACCUGGUCGGUAACGGCUUGCGUGAACCCAUCAACGUCAUCAUCUCGGGUCACUCCGACGCACACGUCCUUUCCGACCUCGGCCUCAAAGAUUACAUUCGCACCAUUGGGUUCAGCUUCGAGUGUCUUAACCUUCACAUGGGCAACCUGCAACGUGCCGACUUGGGCGAUGGAAAGGGUUGGACACCAGAGAUGUUCGAGUAUCGCGAAACGGGGUUUCCGGGCGCACCCGGACGUUGGGUGGGAGCGUGCUGGGAAAGUCUGUAUGGGGGAAACCAUUUUCGGGUGUGGAAGCAGAACGGGACGCACGCAAAUACGGGCGCGUGGUUCCUGGCGGUAAGCAAGGAGAAAAAUCUGAAGUAUCACCAUACGAUCGAUCGCGAUGGGUACAAUGUCGGACGCGACCUCCUCGUCGCUGCCGCGGAACGCGGUGGACGAUGGAACAGUGUCUACUACAAAGCGGACGUCGAAUGGAUCGAUGGACUGCUGGAGGCCGGACGACACGGCAUCAACCACAACAUCGGUCAGGAUGGCAGAACCGCCGUGUUGACCGUGAGGAAGGUCGAGAGUCUCAGCAAAGGCUUUGCCUUCUGGGGACUGGACGCGGUGGUCAACUGGAUCGCGGAGCGGUUCGCUGCGCAUCUGGCUCAUUUCUUGCGCAGUUUGGGCAUCAUCUGA